AUGGAAGAGAGUUUGGAAAUUUUAUCAAUGGAGCAAUCUUCUAAUACAAAAGAAGAAGAAGUUGAAGUAAGCAAUAAUACUUCUUCAGAAUUUGAUUCUAGUGACAUUUUUUCAACAAAUUUGAUUUUUCAUUCGAGAAAAUCUCUUAUUGAAUGGACCAAAGAUAAAGGAAAGCAACAUGGAAUUAUUAUAGUAAUUAAGAGAUCUGAUUCAGGUGAAAGUCGAAAAGCAAGAAUUAAAUUUGCUUGUGAAAGGAGUGGCAGCUAUCGACAACACAUGAAGACAAUUGAAGGAAAAAAGAAAAAAAUUAAUAGGAGAACAUCGACAAAAAAAUGUGGUUGUCCAUUUUUAUUGAGUGCACAAAAAUUAGCAACAGCUGAUGAUUGGACACUCACAGUCGUGUGUGGAUUUCAUAACCAUUCAAUUACAAAACAUCUCGAAGGACAUUCUUUCGCCGGGAGGUUGACUCUGGAAGAGACAAAGAUAUUAGUUGAUAUGUCAAAGUGUAAUAUCAUGCCAAGAGAAAUUCUAGCCGUGAUCAAAGAAAAAAAUAAAUGUAAUGUCUCAACGAUAAGGACAAUAUACAAUGCAAGACAAAAACACAGAAUUCGAGAAAAGGCAGGCAAAUCCCAAAUGCAACAAUUGAUGAGAAAGCUAAGUGAGCAUAACUAUAUCGAGUGGCAUAGAUAUGAAAAAGAUACUAAUACAGUUAGAGAUAUAUUUUGGGCACAUCCAUUCGGAGUUGAUUUACUUCAUAUUUUUCCUCAUGUAUUAGUUAUGGAUUGCACUUACAAGACUAACAUGUAUCGUCUUCCUUUGUUAGAGAUUGUUGGAGUGACAUCGACUGAAUACACAUUCUCUAUUGCGUCUAUUUUUCUUGAUUUAGAUGAAGAGGAUAACUACACAUGGGCAUUGGAUAGACUAAAAACUAUGAUGGACAUUGACUUUCUUCCUAAAGUAGUUGUCAUAGAUAGAGAAUUAGCGUUAAUCAAUGCUAUUGAAAAGGUCUUCCCUGCUCCAAAACAUCUUUUGUACCGAUAUCAUAUAUCUAAUAAUGUGUUGACUAAAUGUCGAAAAAAAUUUGAGUCAAAAGAAAAGUGGGAUAAUUUUCUUUCUGAAAGGAACAUACUCACUUUAUCAUCAUCAGAAAGUGAGUAUAAUAAGAGACUCAAAGCACUUGAAGAAAAUUAUGGUAGAUAUUCACAAGCAAUUGAUUAUGUCAAAGAUGUGUGGUUGAAUAAAUAUAAAGAAAAAUUUGUUUCUGCAUGGACAAAUUUAGUAAUGCAUUUUGGCACUACUACUACAAAUAGGGUAGAAAGUGCACAUGCAAAGCUAAAGAGAUACUUACGCUCAUCACAGGAAAUUUUGAGACUUCAUGGUACAAUACAUAAUUUACUAGAGCUACAACACACAGAGAUAAAAGCGUCGUUUGAGAAAAAGGUGAAAAUGAAUACACGUGGUCGAUCACCUUCAAAGUUUGAUCAUUCUACUCGUCGAGAUCCAUCUGCUUUUGAAUAUAAUAAAGAUGUACGUCAGAACACCUCAGAACACUCACAAUCAUAUCUAAAGUCAUUACCAUGUGAGUUGAAACCAUACAUCCAUUUUGUUAAAGAUGUAGAAAGUGAUGGAAAUUGUGGUUUUCGAGCUAUUGCAGACUUGAUGGGCAUGGGUGAGGAAAGUUCGAUGCAUGUUAGAAAAGACUUAAAGAGUGAAUUAGUUUCUCAUAGAAAUGACUAUAAUUUACUUUAUGGUUGUCCUGAUAGAGUGGAUGAACUACUUCAUAUUUUAUCAUAUUUUAAGAGCUACCCAAGCUUCAAAUAUUGGAUGACCAUGCCUGAUAUGGGACACAUUAUAGCUUCUCGUUAUAAUGUUGUCUUAGUGCACUUAUCAAUACAACAAUGUCUGCUAUUUUUCCCACUUAGAUCUAAUCCUUUGUCAGCUAUUUUACACAAAAUCAUUACAAUUGGUUUCGUCAAUAAUAAUCACUUCAUUGAGGUAUUCAUGCAGAACAAUUCUCCAAUACUACAUGUUGCUACUAAUUGGGUUAGUAAACAAUCUACUGGAGACUUCAAGGUCCCAAAGUAUUCAGACUGGAAACGAGUUCUAGUUCCUGCUGAUGAAGAAGAUAGAGAUUAUGUGGCUCGUACCUACUAUUUGAAGAGCACAACCCCUCGAGAAGCUGAAGAUGAUGCCUCCCGAGAUCGAAUUGCUCAUAGGUUUGACAGUUGGUAUUCUGAGCACCAUGUCCAAUUAAGUUAUAAUAGUUCUUACUUCAAGAUUGCCCAACAAUAUGGUACUAACUUCGAUAGGGCAAGCCAUCCAGAUUAA